ACUGAAACUGAGAGAGAGAGAUAGAGAAAGAGAGAGAGAUGGAGGUGUCUCUUCUGUUGAGAAUAAUUUCUUCCAUGGCUGUCGUGGGACUGGUUGGCUUCUUCCUCCACCUCUACAGCACUGUUUGGCUAAAAUCCGAGAGGGUCAGAAGGAAUCUCCGACUGCAAGGCAUCAAAGGCCCUGCACCUUCUUUUCUGUAUGGGAAUCUUCCCGAGAUGCAGAAAAUCCAACAACAGCAAGAGUUGAAGCCUCCAAACCUGCUGGCUGCUGAGUUUGUAGCCCAUGACUACACCUCCACUCUCUUCCCAUACUUCGAACACUGGAGAAAACAAUACGGUCCAGUGUACACAUAUUCAACAGGAAUGAGGCAACAUUUGUAUGUGAACAACCCAGAGCUAGUGAAGGAGAUGAACCAGUGUAUGAGUUUGGAUUUAGGCAAGCCUUCUUAUGUAAGCAAGAGACUUGCACCCAUGCUUGGCAAUGGCAUUUUGAGGUCCAAUGGCAUUGUUUGGUCACAGCAAAGGAAGAUUGUUGCCCCUGAGUUCUUCUCAGACAAAGUCAAGGGCAUGGUGUGGCUGAUGCUGGAGUCUGGACAGACAUUGCUUAGAAAAUGGGAGGACUCCAUUGAAGCACAAGGCAGUGUGAGAGCGGAGAUUCAGGUGGAUGAGGACUUGAGAGAUUUCUCUGCAGAUGUUAUAUCAAGAGCUUGUUUUGGAAGCUCUUACGUAAAGGGCAAAGAGAUUUUCAAAAAGCUUAGAAGUCUUCAAGAAGUGAUAUCCAAGCAAAACUUCCUCUUUAGUAAUUUGGGUGGAUUGAAGAAGACAAACGAGAUAGGCUGUUUGGAGAGGGAGAUUGAGUCUUUGAUCUGGGAGGCAGUGGAAGAAAGAGAAGGCUCGUGUGACCAAAAAGAUUUGUUGCAGACAAUACUAGAGGGAGCCAUCAAUGACCAAACCCUAGGGAAAGGUUCAUCCAAGGGCUUCAUAGUUGACAACUGCAAGAACAUAUAUUUUGCAGGCCAUGAAUCCACAGCUGUUGCUGCCUCUUGGUGUUUGAUGCUUCUCGCUUUACAUCCCGAGUGGCAAGCCCGAAUCAGGACGGAGUUGGUUCAAGCUUGCCCGGAUGGCCUGCCGGACGCAAACUCCCUCCCUCAGUUGAAAACGAUGGCCAUGGUGAUUCAAGAAGUCAUGCGUCUAUAUCCGCCAGCCGCAUUUGUGUCGAGAGAGGCACUCGAAGACACUCAAGUGGGAAACAUGACCGUUCCAAAAGGCGUAUGCUUAUGGACAUUGAUCCCAACAUUGCACAGAGACACAGAAAUUUGGGGACCAGAUGCAAAUGAGUUCAAACCAGAGAGGUUCACCGAUGGAGUCUCAAAGGCAUGCAAGUUUCCCCAAGCUUAUAUCCCAUUCGGGUUGGGGCCUAGGACAUGUUUGGGCAAAAACUUAGCCAUGGUUGAACUGAAGGUUGUGCUCUCACUUGUUAUCUCCAAGUUUUCUUUCUCUCUAUCUCCAAAAUACAAGCAUUCUCCUGCCUACAAAAUGAUUGUGGGGCCAGGAAAUGGUGUACAUAUUAUUCUCCAGAAAAUCUGUUGACUGAUUGAAAAAUAAGUCAAAAUGAUUCAAGCAGAUGGAAGAGGAUCAUCUCUGCGAUCUUAGGGAUCUUCAUAUCUUAUCCAUUUAUCAUAUAUCAUGCGGCCAUUUUUCAUCAGAUAGUAUUUGUGUUUAAUUUUAAAUAAAAAAGUUAAAUGACUUUUAACAGCACGAUACACUAUGAAUAACUAAGAUGUGAGGAUCAAUAAGAUCUUCACAAUUUGGGUCCAGAUGGAAUCCAAACCCCAAGCAGAUAGCUAGGUGUUUGUUGAUCGGAAUUAUAUAGAUAAAAUAUGUCAUGUCUGCAAAAUGUGGGAUGGUGGAAUGUAGAUGAACGUUUUCUUAUAUAAUUUAUUGUUUUUUUUUUAAUUUCGUUGCUCAA